GCCUCUUCUUUGGCUCUCUGUUUCUCUACCUCUCAGCUUGGAUACACUGCCACACACAAAAUAUGUAUAUGGAUGUGGCCAAACUGGGCUAUUACAAAUACCAUUUAGACAUUACUGACAGUGAAAAAUAACUGAAAAUAAUACCUGCCAACUAAAGAUAUUAAAUUUCACUUUAAACUCCAAGUGAAAAUUUUCACAAUACUGGAUUUCCUUUUUUAAAGUUUUUUCUUGAUAUCUCUGACAUUAGUGACAAAUGUAAUAUCAAAGACUUAGAAAAGGUAUCUCAAAGACUUAGCAAUGAAAGAUAAAUAAGCUUCAUGAUUGGAAGCUCUCUGAGGUCAAGGACUAUAUCUUCUUUAUCUUGCUGCUUCUUUCUCUUGGCACAAGCUCUUUCCACAUAAAAGCACCUGGCAAAUGUUUGUUGGGUGGAUGAAUGAAAGAAAAAGGAGUAAGAAUCCAAAAGAGUAGAAAAAAUAGUUGAGCUGACUGACAUUAAAAUUAUUUUAAUGCAAUAUGUAAUGACACUUAAGAACCAUGUUUCAGUAAAAUGUUUAUAAAAUACUACUUACUUCUUUGUAUGCUUAAAAUCCAUGUGCUUUCCCUAUACUUCCCUAGAAAUUUCUACAUGUAUCCACACUUUGUCUUUCCGCCUUGCUCUAUACAACUAACUAAAUCAAGAUUUAGACUAGAGCAUGUGUUCCUAAUUAUUAGGGAUGACAGAACUCUCUGUCUGCUCCAGGAUAUUCAAGCUAACUCCUAGUUAUUGCUUACUUUGAUUAUAUGCUGGCAGAAGCUUGGAUUCUUAAAGGACCUCAAUGGUGAGCAUUGCAGAACAUUUUUAAAAGGCUCAAAAGGGUGAAGGAGAAGUCCAGGAGCUCUCUGUCCCAGACAUCACAGUUAUUUUACUAACAGGACGUACUGAAAAAAAUGGUUAGGAGGUUUUUAGGACCCAGGGGAAAGCAAGCUUUCCUGUGGAAGGACAGAGAUUCGGGCGCACACGCCUCCUACCAAAAUCACAGCCCCGUGGAGCUGGGGCUUUCAUUCACAGCUUUCUAGAGAGAUCUGAGCCUGAACCUGCCAGCAAAGGGGAUCUCACCCACCCAGCUCAACAGCGCGGACACCUGCAGAUAAACAUACCCCAAAGCAAGGUUGUGCAGCCGUGUGAAGAGAAAGAUGGCAUAAAUUCUGCUUCCCUUUUGGAUGGAGACCACCAUACAUGGCUUGAAUGUCCUACUGCUUUCCAAGGAUAAGAAAAAGACCCUCUAGACUUUCUCUGCAGCAGCUUGGCAGUGAAGUUGUUCUUGAAUGGGUCAAGGUUCCUGAAAACUAUCAUUUGAAUGGGAUCAGUCUCUUUCUUUUUAAAAUAUCAGAUAUUGAGCACUGGGAAAGGAAAUUUGGCAAAGAUGACCCAUUUACAAGCUGGACUCAGUCCAGAGACUAUAGAGAAAGCUCGUCUGGAACUGAAUGAAAAUCCAGAUAUAUUGCAUCAGGAUAUUCAGCAAGUCCGGGACAUGAUCAUCACCAGACCUGACAUUGGAUUUUUACGUACAGAUGAUGCCUUCAUCCUGAGAUUUCUUCGAGCUAGGAAGUUUCACCAAACAGAUGCCUUUAGACUACUGGCUCAGUACUUCCAGUACCGCCAGCUAAACCUGGACAUGUUCAAAAACUUCAAGGCUGAUGACCCAGGGAUCAAGCGUGCUCUGAUUGAUGGAUUCCCUGGGGUACUGGAAAAGAGAGAUCACUAUGGCAGGAAGAUCCUUUUGCUCUUUGCAGCCAAUUGGGAUCAGAGUAGGAACUCCUUCACAGACAUUCUGCGAGCUAUUCUAUUGUCAUUGGAAGUUCUUAUUGAGGACCCAGAACUUCAGAUAAAUGGUUUCAUUUUAAUUAUAGACUGGAGCAAUUUCUCCUUCAAACAAGCCUCCAAGCUCACACCUUCAAUCCUCAAACUGGCCAUCGAAGGGUUACAGGACAGUUUUCCUGCUCGCUUUGGAGGAGUCCAUUUUGUCAAUCAACCCUGGUACAUUCACGCCUUGUACACACUAAUCAAACCAUUCCUCAAAGACAAGACAAGGAAAAGGAUCUUUCUCCAUGGCAACAAUUUGAACAGCCUUCACCAACUAAUACAUCCUGAAUUCCUGCCCUCUGAAUUUGGAGGGACCCUCCCUCCCUAUGACAUGGGAACUUGGGCUCGGACAUUACUCGGACCUGACUACAGUGAUGAAAAUGAUUAUACUCACACUUCCUAUAAUGCAAUGCAUGUGAAACAUACAUCCUCCAACCUAGAGAGAGAGUGCUCACCCAAGCCAAUGAAAAGGUCACAGUCUGUUGUGGAAGCUGGGACACUGAAACAUGAGGAAAAGGGAGAGAAUGAGAACACCCAACCACUCCUGGCUCUGGACUGAAUUCCAAGUCACCAAAAUCCAUCUUACCGGCCUUCAGUGUCACCAGUCACCUAUGAAGCACAUGCUUAACUGACCCCCACAGGCACACAUCUUGCUUGACAAAAGGUCCUCCACUUCUGUUGACAAUAACGAUCGUCACCAGCCAUCUGUCUGAGCAGCCAAAGUUAAACAAAGACCGGAGGGAUUUCUUUUUCAGUGAAGGAUACAAUGAUGAAGCAAGACAUAUAUUUAAACCAGGAAUUAUUUUUCUUUUCAAUUUUUAUUUUACAUUGAUGAUAUUAAAAGGAUCAAAAGGGGUUGGACUUAAUUCCUUGCUCACAUAUACAAACUACAUUGUGGACGUGUUUUUCCUCACAUAUCAUAUUGGGAAAAAGCUCGAGCGCUUCUUCAAACAACAUAUGUCCAAAUUAAAUCACACAGAUACAAUUUUCAGGUUCAGUGUAGUGAGAAGCCAUGAGACAACAGCAUCUGCAAUAAUUUUAUUUUUCAUUUAAUUUUUUUUUUCUUUAACCUCACCACCAGCAUUGAAUUGUUCAGCCUGAGAACAUGUUCACACAACUCUGGCUGGGUACAGUUUAUUUAUUUUGAUACUUGGCUAACACUUUUCUUAAUUUUUGUAUCCUCUCUAAAACCAUAUUGAGUCACAAGUCACAAGACACACACAAUCGGAAAUACAAUUAUUUCAUUUUUAUGACGUGAUUUUCCAUAGGCAAUUCUAAAGUCCAUUCACUCAGUUUGCAACUGUUUAAAGGAGAAUCUCAUUGGAAACUUUUUUUUUUAAUGAUUAAUGGAACUAUUCAGAUUGUUUCAUUUAGGUCAUGACAGCUAAGGAAAAUGCGAUGGAACCAUUUAACUCCCUUCCCUCCUGCCAUCAGUUAAAGAUUGUAGACAGAGGGCGGUUCUGGUGGUUGCUAGAGAAGGCAGACAUUCAAUUGAGGAGGGAUACCUCCCCUAAUGAAUGAAUGAAUGACCAAAAUGGCAUGUACUCUAAACAAAAGGAGCAGAACAGAAAUGCAGGACUGAAAUGCCAAAGAUCAGCUCACUGCUUUAUUUGUUUUUUGAAAAAUCAAUCCUACCCACUCACUGAAAUGGACAUAGAGAUGAAAUAAAAGAAAAUAUGUAAGAAAUGAUUUUGUGCUAUGAGUGUGUUUCCCUAAAUCAAUGUUUACAAUUUUAGGCAUCUUUUUCUCUUCAGCCACCUGCUCUAAAAAGACAGUCAUCUAUUUAUUUGUACCAUUACUAGGCAUCAUGUGUCAAAGAGAAGGUAUUUCAAUUAAUGAUGGGUAGUAUGUUGCAAUUUUAAUUGGAAACAUUUAGGAGGGCCAAAGUUUAAGCUAAGCAAAUCAUAGGGAAGAUAUAAUUCAAUAGGUCGUGGUCAUUUCCAAAUGGAAUUUGUGUUUAUAACAACUUCUUUACUAAAAAGAAGUCAAAAGUAUUCAUUUUAGCAUACCAGUCAUUGCUAGUGGUACAGAAUAACAGAAAUGGAUAUUGUUUAUGCAUUAUGAUCCAAUCUUGCAGAAACCCCAAAAUGGGGUUCCAAUCCCACCUCUGACAGUACUAGCUGUGUGACUUUGGGCAAUUCAAUUUAUUUUUCUGAGCUUCAGUUUUCUCAUGUGUAAAAUGGGGCUAGAAAUACCUGUGGCUGUUGUGAAGCUCAAAUGAAAUAUGUAUGUCAGGCGCUUUGGAAACUAUAAAGCAUCAUAUAAAUGUUGGUUACUAUUUUUAUUUUUGCAAAAAAAAAUUGAUGAAGUAGAAAAUGGAAUUAAAAUAUAGCCACUCUGCUAAAUGCAGAACAGUGUAAAUAAAACCAGUUACUUUGGGGCAACCACUCCCAAUCACAUGCCGAAAUAACUUCAUCUGUACUAUGACCCAACGACUGUUUUUAUACAAUUAUAGAGAGAGGUGAAGAAGAACUUAAGGCAAAUCAGGGAGCCAUUUUAAUUGCUUGGUUUUAUAUAUGUGACAAUUGUGGGAUCCAAGUUUUUAAAAUGUCAUUGAAGCCAAUUAGUGCUAUGUUUUAAAACAGUGAAAAAACAUCUGCCUAUUAAGUGGGUAGUCUCGACAUCCUGAUUUAGUGACCUGAUUUAAAACACUCUACCUACCAUGGUGACCUAAGUUAACAUGAGUUAGCUUGUAAAUCUGUUUCUCUCCAAAUCUCAUGACAUGAAUGUAAGAUGAUCGUUCCCAUGUGCAUUUUCUCAUUUGAAUUUUCUGUACAUGUAUGCAAUAGAUUUACAAACAGGAACCAAAUUCAACAAGAAUUGACAUGAAUGUUAGUUACUAUUACAUGAACAUUGGAUUGUAUCGUCCUUCUCUGUUCAGUCACUUCCUCUGUUUAAAUAAAUACUGAAGGACAAAAA